AUGUCGACUGGCCCUUUUAAGUGUAAGUAUGCUCUUGUUUGUGAGAGUGUUCCCGAUAGUUACGCUUCACAAUCACUACGUUCGCGUGAACCCAAUGAUCCAAUCGAUAUCGAUUUGGCACGCCGUCAACACGCUGAAUAUAUUAAAUUGCUGAAAGAUUUAGUGGAAAAUAUCAUCACUAUUCCUUGCGAUGAAAAUUAUCCUGAUUGCGUCUUUGUUGAAGACACUGCAGUCGUCUUGGAUGGAACAGCGUUAAUAUGUCGCCCUGGUGCUGAAUCACGUCGAGGCGAAGUCGAUGCCGUGCGCCAAAAAUUAGCCGAGUUAAAAUUACGCAUUGUCGAAGUGGAAGCACCUGGCACCCUUGAUGGUGGCGAUGUUGUAUUUACUGGCAAAGAAAUCUUUGUUGGCAUCUCAAAUCGUACCAACAUAGCUGGUGCAACAGCAGUGGCUCGUGCCUUUCCUGACUAUCAAGUUUCCAUGAUCAAAAUUAAGGGCUCUCUCCAUCUUAAAUCAAUCUUGACCAUGGUCGAUUCGGAAACCUUAGUUGUCGUCGGCAAUGAAUAUGGUAAAAAAGUCAUUGAAAACAUGCAAAAUAAUUGCAAUUAUAUCUAUCAAAAAAUAACCGUUCCUGAAGGUGGCGCUAGCAACUGUCUUCAUGUCAACGACAAUAUUAUCCAUGGUAGCCCAUCGGAAAUAGAAGACGUUGAAAAAUUUUUCGAAAUCAUGAACAAACCAACUUAUCAUGUUGAAAAUUCGGAAUUUAAUAAAGCCGAUGGCUGCUUGACUUGCCGAUCUGUCUUGUUUUAA